AUGAGUGACUCCAAUAGAACUCUGCACUCUGAAUUCAUCAUUGUGGGAUUGCCUGGCCUGCAGGAACACUACAUUGCACUCUUCAUCUUCUUCCUCAUCCUCUUCCUGGCCAUCAUCAUGGGUAAUCUGCUCAUCUUGGUGUUAGUUGCCCUGGACCACAGGCUCCAAACCCCCAUGUACUUCUUCCUGGGGAAUUUAAGUCUCUUAGAUAUUCUACUAACUAGUACUGUCAUACCAAAACUGCUAGCAGUUCUUUUGCAUCACAACAACACCAUCUCUUUCUCGGGUUGUUUUAUACAGAUGCAUUUUUUCAUAGCAUUUGCUGCUAUUGAAGGAUUCCUUGUAGCAGCCAUGUCUUAUGACCGAUAUGCUGCAAUCGUAAAGCCUUUGCAUUACAACACCUUAAUCAACACCAAGGUCUGUUUAAAAAUGGCCUCCACCGUCUGGGUGCUGGGCUUCUUUGCGCCUCUUUUAUCAGUGGUACCGGCAAGCACUUUGCCCUUCUGUGGAUCAAAUCUUAUCCUACAUAUUGUCUGUGAUUACCGUACAGUAAUGUCAUUAGCUUGUGGUGAUGUUACAGUUCACGUAAAUUUUACUCUACUAAUGGCUAUGAUGUCAAUCUAUAUCCCCUUUCUCUAUGUCUUGUGGACAUACUGCAGAAUUAUAGCAUCAGUAAUGAAACUGAAAACUGUGGAAAGCCGUAAGAAGGCCUUCUCAAUGUGCUCCUCACAUGUGGCUGUUGUCUUCCUCUACUAUGUGUCCAGUGCUGUAGUGUACAUUGGGUUGAGAGUGGAAAGCAUCCCUCCUGAUGGACGCAUCUUUGUAGGUGCAGUGUACUAUUUCCUCACCCCUUUGCUCAACCCCAUUAUUUACUGGCUAAGGAAUGAAAAAAUCAAGGCAGCAGCUCAAAGAUACUUUAGUCUUCAGUCUCCCCAUAGUGUAAAAUCACUGUCAACAUAA